UUGUUUCGUUCAUUUACGACACCCCAGCUCACAUCUGUAUUCAAUGCGCAUUUCAGCAUGAUUCAACUCAAUCCAGAUGUUAUUAAAGACUGUUGGAUUAAGACCUCAAAACGAAGCAGUUCUAUCAAGAAAGCGUUCGGUAUGUUAGAACACGAAGAGCCAGAAACGAAUGCGUCGUUCAUGAAUUUACCGAUCACAAUUCAAGCGUUCUUCAAAGAACUCAUUUUUGAACUCGACUGCGAUUCGGUCAAGAUUCGUCAAAGAUGCGAACAACUCGGCGCUCGUCACGUCGACUUCAGCGAACGAGGCUUUCACUCGAAUUUCUGGGAUAUUUUUCAGGUAUGUACAAUAGAGGUGAUCGCCGAAUGCAACUUGGGUCUGAAUGAAGAUCAGCAUCGAUCAUAUGAGUUAGCGUGGAUACAUCUGCUCAGUUCAGUCGUCAAGUCCAUGAGAAAUGGAUAUACGCGAAGACGAACACACCUUGAACGCCCCAAAUCCAACACAUAG